ACAAUCUUCUCUCCUGAAGGUCGUCUCUACCAGGUAGAGUAUGCUAUGGAGGCCAUUGGAAACGCUGGUUCUGCAAUUGGUAUCUUAUCCACAGACGGAGUUGUGCUGAUCGGUGAGAAGAAAGUCACCUCUAAGCUUCUUCAAACCUCAACCUCUGCUGAGAAAAUGUACAAGAUUGAUGACCAUGUUGCGUGUGCUGUUGCUGGUAUAAUGUCUGAUGCUAACAUACUCAUCAACACGGCUCGAGUCCAAGCUCAACGCUACACCUUCAUGUACCAAGAGCCCAUGCCGGUUGAGCAGCUGGUUCAAUCUCUCUGCGAUACAAAACAAGGCUACACACAAUUCGGUGGUCUUCGCCCAUUUGGUGUCUCCUUUCUCUUUGCAGGAUGGGAUAAGAACUAUGGGUUCCAGCUGUAUAUGAGUGACCCGAGUGGAAACUAUGGUGGUUGGAAAGCUGCAGCUGUUGGAGCAAACAAUCAGGCAGCUCAGUCUAUUCUGAAACAAGACUACAAGGACGAUGCAACCAGGGAAGAAGCAGUCGAGCUCGCCUUAAAGGUUCUGACCAAGACAAUGGACAGCACUAGCUUAACAUCUGAGAAGCUAGAGCUUGCUGAGGUGUAUCUGACUCCAUCCGGGAAUGUUAAGUACCAUGUUCACUCACCUGAGUCGCUCACCAAGCUGUUGGUUAAGCAUGGUGUGACUCAACCGGCUGCUGAAACAUCCUGAGCCCGAAAGUAUCUCUAGUCUUUAUUCGCCUGGUACGGUGUCUCGGCUCUAUGUUUGUAGUUCUCUGUUUUACAGCUUUCCUUUUGGUUUGAACUUUGAAGUGAGCUAUGGCGAUGAAACUAGAUUUGACAAUGUUAUACAACUUGUACGAUAUCUUUUACUAGUGACGAUCAAAGGAACGAAUAUAUUUUAUUCUUAUUUCUUAGUCUGAAUUUCUUUCAAGUCAUGACUUGAAUAUUAA